CCCCGGCCGAGGCUUGGGCUGGCGGGACGUGAUGGCGACUUGGCGGCGGGACAGCCGGCUGACUGGCAGCCAACGGCUGCUGUGCGCCGGCCUGGCGGGAGUGCUCAGCCUCAGCCUCACCGCGCCGUUGGAGCUUGCCACCGUGCUGGCCCAGGUCGGCGGGGCGCGGGAACGCGCCCGUGGGCCGUGGGCCGCGGGGCUCCGUGUGUGGCGUGCCGAGGGGCCCCGGGCCCUGUGGAAGGGGAACGGGGUGGCAUGCCUGCGCCUCUUCCCCUGCAGCGCCUUGCAGCUCGCCGCCUACCGCAAGUUUGUCAUGCUUUUCACGGAUGACCUGGGUUACAUUUCCCAGGGCAGCUCCAUCAUGGCCGGGAGUCUCGCUGGCAUGGUUUCCACCAUUUUGACAUAUCCUACAGACCUCAUCAAAACCCGACUGAUAGUGCAGAACAUGCUGGAACCAUCUUACAAGGGGAUCUUCCAUGCAUUUUCUACCAUUUAUCAACAGGAGGGGUUCCGGGCCCUUUAUCGAGGAGUUUCCCUUACUGUUUUAGGUGCUCUCCCCUUCUCUGCCGGCUCCUUUCUUGUUUACAUGAACCUGGAGAAUAUCUGGAAUGGACCCCGAGAUCGGUUCUCUGUCCUCCAGAACUUCGCCAACAUGUGCCUAGCUGCCACCGUGACCCAGACCCUGUCCUUCCCCUUUGACACGGUGAAGAGAAAGAUGCAGGCCCAGAGUGCCUGUCUUCCGCACUGUGGAGGAGUAGAUGUCCACUUUUCAGGAGUAGUGGACUGUUUCCGGCAGGUAGUGAAGACGCAAGGGGUGCUGGGACUAUGGAAUGGAUUGGCAGCCAACUUGCUGAAGAUAGUUCCAUACUUUGGAGUUAUGUUCGGCACCUUUGAGUUCUGCAAGAGGAUCUGUCUGUACCGAAAUGGUUACAUCGUGUCUCCUCUGAGCUAUCAAUUGACCCCUGGAGUGGAUCAGAGUUUGAAGCCCCAGGAAUUGCGAGAAUUAAAGAAGUUCUUAAAAACCAGCACGCUGAAAUCUAAAAAACCAACUCUUUAAAGUGGGGUGGAGCUAGAAGUGUGCUGACCGCUGGCGUGUUGCAAUCCCAUUUCCCUAGAGUCUCUUUGUGCCCACAUGGAGUGUCGAGAGGGCACUUCCAGUCUUCUGCUCUUGGAACUGAAAAGAUUCAGUCACUCAACCUCUGAGCUCCCAGCUGAUGUCCCUGUAAGCACCUGCCACAGGAAGGCUUCCCCUGUGGGCCUGCAGGCGUUCCACCGGGCUUUAGAACAACGCCUACCAGUAAUGAGAUGUGCCCUCACAUAGCACCAAAGAAGGCACUGCCUGCAGUUGAGCAGAUACCAUGUCCUGAGUUCAGCCACAGGGUCACGACCUGCUCAACUCCAUGUUGGCCUAGUUUUACUCUGUGUGUCCUGAGUUCCAAUACCUUCAUUCUGGAACUCAUAUUCUUCGCUGACCUCUGAGAACACACACACCCCAUAUAGAAUAUGCCUUAUCAGAAAUUGGGCAUGCUUACCACUAAAUAGCCAUCCCUGUGGAAGUGGAACUGACCUUUAUUUAAAUUGGAAGCAUCCCAGGCUUAGAAUAUUGUGUUUCAGGAAGACAGACUUCAUCACAAAUGCUUACUUGUGUCCCCCAAAACCUUCCAGUUGGUCAUGUACAGAGCAGGUGGCCCAAAUUCUCUGUCUUUUAACUUGCUCUGCAAGCCUAUCCUGAGAAUAAAUUAUUUAGUCAACUUAACUUAUAUGCACAAGAUGUCCCAGUUGCCUAGCAAGGAUCAAGUAGAACAUUUGACACAGCACCAAAAAAAAAAAAAAAAA